UCACGAGAGAGGACAGCACAUAACCGGACGCCAAUGGCUAAUCAUUCAGGGGUUUUAGAUUUUGAAAUUAUCGGUUUUCCAGGACUUAAUCCGAAGUUUGAGAUUCUGGUUUCAUCAGUCUUAUUUUCGGUCUAUAUCAUGUCAUUGGUUGCAAAUGGAACAGUAAUCAUCUUGACCGUCAAUAAGAAAAAUCUACACCAACCAAUGUAUGCAUUUAUUGGAAAUCUCGCUCUUUCCGACCUGCUCUUCGACACCAUCACCUUGCCAAAAAUCAUUGCCAAAUAUUGGUGCGGAGAUGGGUUAAUAUCCUUCCCUGGAUGCAUCACUCAGUUGUUUUUUGUCCAUUUCUUUGGCAUUGUUGAUUCUUUCAUCAUCAUGCUGAUGGCUUUGGAUCGCUAUGUCGCAAUUUGCAAACCUCUGAUAUAUUGCUCGAUAAUGACCAAUAAAGUUACGGCCAUUCUAUGCUAUAUCUUCUGGUUUCUAGCAGCUGUUUUGAACUUCUAUAACCCUUAUAUGAUUGCUCAGUUUAAUUUCUGUGGCAAUACAAUUAAAAACUGCUACUGUGUGAGUAUCGUGAUGUACAGCUUGUCAUGCACAGAUAUCUCCACUGUUUUGCAAGUAUCCUUCACUAUUGCCAUGUUUGUGCUUUUGGUUCCCUUGUCAUUCAUCAUUGCCUCGUACAUCAUUAUUAUAAAGACAAUUUACUCAUCAUCUCGAUCGGACAGCUGGCAGAAGGCAUUUUACACUUGCACAACUCACUUGUUAGUCAUAAGUCUGUACUAUCUUCCACGUGUGUCUGUUUAUUUGUGUAAUCUGUUCCGUGUGGCUAUUAAUGCUGACUUGAAUAUUUUAAUCCUUUGUCUUUAUACUUACAUUCCUCAUUUAGCAAGCCCCAUCAUAUAUUGUCUCCGGACAGAAGAAAUUCUAAAGACUCUUCAUCGUUUCACAAAAAGAGAGAACUAUUUCCGAGGUAAACUCAAGCCCAGGGUUGGAUUUACCCGUCAGGUGGCAGCGUUCUAA